UAUGUUGCAGCCAAGUUUAUGAGAGUGAAGACUCCAGUAGCAUACAAAUGGAGAAAGGUAGUGGAGCUGAGGCACUUGAAGCACGGAAUGAACUUUGCUCAUGGAGGCACAGGCGUGUUUGACACUUUGGUCUCCGAUCCGAACAUGACUGCACAGAUCAACUCCUUCCAGUGGCUCAUUAAUGACUCCGUCUACACUCCCCGGGACCUUCAAUCCUCGGUUGCCCUAGUCACCGUCGCCGGCAACGACUACUCUUUUUAUAUCUACCGGAAUGGCUCAGCCGAGGGCUGGCAACCAUUCAUUACAUCAGUGGUGAACCAACUAUAUGUGAACUUGAAGCGAAUCCAUGAUUUGGGAGUGAAGAAAAUAGCAGUGACAGCCCUUGAACCCUUGGGAUGCCUCCCUCGGAGCACCGCCGUGACCUCAUUCCGGCAAUGCAAUGGGACCCAGAACUCGUUCGUCGGCCUCCACAACCUCUUGUUGCAGCAAGCUGUGGCCAAGCUUAACAAUGAAAAUAAGGAUGCUCCUUUCCUCAUCCUUGACCUCUAUGACUCAUUCAUGACUGUCUUCAAGAACAAAGGCAACCAACCAGGAAGCAUAAAGUUUGAGAAUCCCUUGAAGCCAUGUUGUGUUGGAACAAGCGCAGAGUAUUCAUGUGGAAGUGUAGAUGAGAAUGGGGCAAAGAUGUAUAGCAUUUGUGAAGAUCCUCAAUCUGCUUUCUUUUGGGACAAUGUCCAUCCCACCCAGCAGGGUUGGGAAGCUGUCAAUUCAGCUUUGGAAGCCACUUUUCACCAGUUAGUUUACUAGUCACUCGGUGUGGUUUUUUUUCUUUUAACUUUUUUUUUUCGUGUACUUUUUUUUUUGGUUUAUGUUAAUUAAUUUCUCAAGUCAAUACAAACAUCGUUCUUAAUUGUUUAUUAAUUUGUUUUGGGUUUUUAACCUUUUGUAACAUAUGGUUGGUUGAUGUAUUUUGGGGUUCCCGUAGAGUUGUGUGCAAGAUCUAAUAAGUUGUUGGAUC